AUGGGGACCCCUUCGCAGGGCUCGGCGGCCGUGGCGGCGGCCCGGGUCGACCUCUGCGCGCUCGACCUCAUGCCCGUCUUUGCCAAGGAGAUGAUCGCCGGCGGCGUCGCCGGCGCCUUCUCCAAGACCGCCAUCGCGCCGCUCGAGCGCGUCAAGAUAUUGCUACAGACCAGAACAAAUGAGUUUGGGUCUCUUGGAGUUUUCAAAUCAUUGAAGAAACUGAGACAACUUGAUGGAAUCAUGGGGUUUUACAAAGGAAAUGGUGCCAGUGUGCUGAGAAUUGUUCCUUAUGCUGCAUUACAUUACAUGGCAUAUGAGCGGUACCGGUGUUGGAUUUUGAAUAACUGUCCCUCACUGGGAACAGGGCCUUUAGUAGAUCUUUUAGCUGGUUCAGCAUCAGGGGGAACUGCCGUAUUGUGUACUUAUCCCCUGGAUUUGGCCCGGACUAAGCUUGCCUUCCAGGUCAAUAGUUCAGACCAACUCAGCAGAGCUUUGAAAAGGGGAAGUCCUCAGCCAGCAUAUGGAGGAAUAAUUGAUGUCUUUAGAGGUGUUUACUCAGAAGGUGGAGCGCGGGCUCUUUACCGAGGUGUAGGUCCAACGCUCAUGGGGAUACUUCCUUAUGCUGGUCUUAAGUUCUACAUAUAUGAAGGACUGAAGGCACAUGUACCAGAAGAUUACAAAAGUUCGGUAACAUUGAAGCUGUCAUGUGGUGCUGCUGCUGGUUUAUUUGGACAGACUCUUACUUAUCCAUUAGAUGUUGUCAGGAGGCAGAUGCAGGUUCAGAGUCAGCAACACCAUGAACAAUUUGGUGGGCCACGAAUAACGGGCACAUUCCAGGGUCUUAUGUCCAUUAAACAAACACAGGGUUGGAAACAAUUAUUUGCUGGAUUGAGCCUCAAUUACAUCAAGGUGGUGCCCUCAGUGGCCAUUGGUUUCACCGCAUAUGACACCAUGAAGCAUUUGCUGAAGAUACCUCCAAGAGAGAAGAAAAGGUCUGGGGAUGGCCCUGCUUGA